CUAGAAUAUGGACGAGACGAGUGAAAUAAAUGAAGAAAAUAGUAAUAAAAAAACUAAUAAAUUUAAAAUAAAAUCGGAUUAUGUAUUGAAAAAAACAACUCCUCCAUCUUUUCCUAGAAGAAAAAAAGAUAUUUAUGUGUCAAAUAAAUCGAGCAUUGAGGCACAAAUUAAAAAAUGUGAAAAAUUAUUUGAUUCUGGAGAAACGGAAUUAGUCAUUCAUGGUCUUGGUGCUGCACAAUAUAGAGCUUAUGAAUUAGCAUUAAAGUUACAAUCUAUUCAUCAAGGUACUCUAGGUCUAGAUGUUCGUACUGGCACAGUCAAACUAACUGAUAAUCUUGAACCAUUGACUGAUGAAGGAGACUAUAAAUUAAAUAGUCGAUUUAAUUCAUCAACACACAUUAGAGUAUUUAGAACAGUACUUGUAGGCCCUUUUAAAUAUUCUAGUUAAGAACUAAAUAAAUAACUCAUUUUAUUUAGAAACAAAACUUUAGUAGAAAAAAUAGCUAACUGUCAUGUCUUUCGUUUAAUAAAACAAAAAAAGA